GUAACCAGACAGCUACAGUAAUUGCAUUAUGUUCAAUGAGAGAUUUUAACUUGGCUCAAGAAACUUGUCAACUGGCCAUCAGAGAUGUUGGAGGUCUUGAAGUACUAAUUAAUUUACUUGAUACGGAAGAAAUUAAAUGUAAGAUUGGUUCUUUAAAAAUCCUGAAGGAAAUUAGUCAGAAUUCACAAAUCAGACGUACAAUUGCUGAUUUUGGGGGCUUACAAAUUAUGGUGAAAAUACUAGAUUCCCCAGAUAAGGAUCUGAAAUGUCUGGCAGCUGAAACAAUUGCUAAUGUUGCCAGGUUUAAAAGAGCACGAAGGACAGUAAGACAGCAUGGCGGAAUCAAGAGACUAGUUGGGCUACUGGACUGUGUUCCAUUGGGAUCAGCCAAUCUGACUCCACAUCAGGAAAAAGAUAUUGAAGUAGCACGCUGUGGGGCUUUGGCGCUCUGGAGCUGUAGCAAAAGCACCAAAAAUAAAGAAGCAAUUCGUAGGGCUGGAGGCAUUCCAUUGCUGGCUCGGUUGCUAAAGUCCCCACAUGCAAACAUGUUAACGCCUGUGGUGGGGACAUUACAAGAGUGUGCAUCUGAGCCAAGUUACAGACUUGCAAUCAAGACAGAGAGGAUGAUUGAAAACCUUGUGAAAAAUCUGAGUGGUGAAAAUGAGGAGCUUCAGAUGCAUUGUGCCAGUGCUAUCUUUAAGUGUGCAGAAGAUGAGGAGACACGUGACCUAGUUAGGCAUCAUGGAGGCCUACAACCACUUGCUACUCUGCUCAGUAACUCUGAAAAUAAAGAACUAUUAGCAGCAGUGACAGGAGCAAUCUGGAAGUGUGCAAUCAGCAGAGAAAAUGUGACCAAAUUUCGGGAAUACAAAGCCAUUGAAACUUUGGUAGUACUACUAACUGAUCAACCUGAAGAAGUCCUUGUGAAUGUGGUUGGAGCAUUAGGGGAAUGUUGUCAGGAGCCGGCAAAUAGAGCUAUUAUCCGAAAAUGUGGUGGCAUCCCACCCCUAGUCAAUUUACUUACUGGAACCAAUAAGGCACUUCUUGUGAAUGUCACGAAAGCUGUGGGAGCUUGUGCAACAGAACCUGAAAAUAUGAUGAUAAUUGACCGCUUAGAUGGAGUUCGAUUGUUGUGGUCCUUAUUGAAAAAUCCUUAUCCAGAUGUUCAAGCAAGUGCAGCAUGGGCUAUCUGUCCCUGCAUUGAAAAUGCUAAGGAUGCUGGAGAAAUGGUUCGCUCCUUUGUUGGUGGCUUGGAACUGAUUGUCAGUUUGCUAAAAUCCGAGAAUAAAGAAGUUUUAGCAAGUGUAUGUGCUGCUAUUACCAACAUAGCCAAAGAUGAAGAGAAUUUAGCUGUUAUAACAGAUCAUGGCGUCGUUCCUCUGUUGUCCAAACUAGCAAACACAAACAAUGACAAAUUAAGGCAUCAUUUAGCAGAGGCCAUUUCUCGCUGUUGUAUGUGGGGAAGUAACAGAAUUGCCUUUGGAGAAACCAAAGCUGUGGCCCCUUUAGUACGUUACUUGAAAUCAAAUGACACAUCAGUUCAUCGAGCUACUGCUCAGGCCUUGUACCAACUUUCAGAGGAUCCCAAUAACUGCAUCACCAUGCAUGAAAAUGGAGUAGUGAAGCUUCUACUGGGUAUGGUGGGCUCUACAGAUGAAACCCUACAAGAAGCAGCAGCUGGUUGCAUAGCAAACAUCCGCAGAUUGGCUCUAGCUACAGAGAAGGCAAAAUAUGGUUGAUGCCUCAACCAGUUUUACUGGCUCCCAUGUUUUACACACUGCAAGACAUUUGAAUAUGUAACUACAUGGACUACCUAAGUUUGAGAAACAUUUAUUUGAGGAUAUUUUUAAAGCCUACUAUCUAAUUAAAAUACAUGUGUUUAAAAACGGAAAUGUACUUCAUAGUGUACUCAUUCUGUAUGAUUUUUAAAAGGUUUUCAGUUAUUUUAUCAUCUAAAAAGUACUUAAAACACAUGAAAAUAAUUGUAUGAGUUCCAGGUUAACAUCAUUAACUCUCAAAUUUAAGAUAUGGUUUUCCAUUUGAUGAAAUUGUAAUAAAUACAUUUUUCUUCA